AUGGAUUGCCUCACGCUGGAUCAGGCUCCCGAAGUCGGUCUUCUUCAAGCUAGAUCACUGAGCGAGCUUGAACAGCGGAUGGACAUCAUAGCACUGAGUCUUGAUAACCUUUUCUCUAGUCAUGCUGAUAACAAAGAAGGGGAGAAAGAUUUAGAUGUUGUUGCUGUUGUUGUCUCUUCAACUGAAGCUAAUGCUCCUGGAGAUGAAGCUAAUGAAGUUAAGGUUGUUGAUAAAACCAUCACUUCCCAUGAAGCUAAUGAAGCUGAAGUCAUUGAUGAAGCCGUCAGAGCUGAGGCUGAAGCUCGUGAUGAAGACGUUCCUAUCACCCCUGCAACUGAUGUUAGUGAUAAGGGCGAUGAUGAUGAAGACGAUAACAAUGAAGAUGAUGAUGAUUCUCCAACCCUUCAUGACGCUGGAAAGGAUCUCGGUGGUGAUGAUGAUGAAGAUGACGACUUCACGAUUCAAUACCACAAACCUGCCAGCUCUCUGAAAGGAGUAUUGGUUGAACAAUGA